GCGCGUACGGACGACAAUACCUACGAGCCGAGAUACGCUGUCCGAAGUGCCUAUCAGAGCCCCUGAGCGCGCGAUCGUGUGUGUGCGGCGGAGAUUCGUGAGAGUGGGCGAUCGUGCCUAUCAGAGUGCCCGCGCGAUCAAGCGGUUGAGCGUUCGAGCGAGCGAGAAUGCAUGGGGCCCGAUUGCGAGGCAGUGUGAAGUGAACUCACCUCACGAUGACGGGACGAGCGCUUAUCACAACGCCCAAGCGGUCGAGCGGUCGAGCGGUCGAGGAUGCAUCGCGCCCGAUUGCGCGGCAGUGUGGGGCCAGCGGCUCACUCCAUUGCGCGUCAGCCUGCGCCACCUCCCGCCACGGGUUCUCGGCUCGUCUGAGUCGUCUCUCGCGGAAGGCCCUUUUAUGGAACGCGUUCCGCUGUCCUUAUCAGUCCGAUUCACGACGACACAGGGACAGCGUGGGAGAGCGAGACAGGAAGAGAGCGAGAGAGCCUCCUGGCGUAUUUCCGCCCGCGCUGCGUCGGACAGCGUUGGACGCCUCUUCCCCUCUCGCGCAUCGCCGCAUCGCCGGGAGCCGACAACGGGCGCGCUACUAUUGACCCCUUCUCUCGAAUUACAGGCUUGCCCAAUUCGCCUCUCUCGGCGCUCCCCGCGGAGCCAGCCGACGCUCGUCGUCGCAACGCCGCGCUAACUUAGCUUUGAAAGCCAUCCGGGCGGCAGAACACAGAACAAAAACGCGGAUCGCGACGCCUGCGACCCGUGAACAUUUCGCAUGGUUGCGCCGCUGCGACUCGCUAGUAGCCGCAAAAACUUCGCCUAUCGUCCGAUUCGGUCGCAUCGAACCGUCGGUAUCCGGCCAGCCACAUCACCGCUCUUCCUACUGCCUUCUCGGCCGUCCGAUUCGGUUCGCAUCGAACGGCGUGAUGGCGGCGCCGAUACAACGAGGCGCCUCUGCAACGGUUUCCGUUGCUGCUUCCGCUGCUGUGCUCCUGCUGCUGCUGCUGCCGUCGCUCGUUCAGGCGGCGCAGCUGCAGUGGGUGCAGCAGCAGGACCUGCCAGUCUCGUGCGACCGGAACGAGAGCAUGUGGUACUGCGCGUCGUGGGACCAGUGCGUGGGCACGGACCAGCUGUGUGACGACACACCUGACUGCAAAGACGGCAGCGACGAGCUGUUGUGGGAGUGCGGGGGGUUCGAGGACUCAACGGAGUGCCCUUCAGGCAUGAUGGCCUGCCCAGUGACCACCAUGUCUGACAAGCUCUGGUGCUUCGACCCCGCUACAGCGUGCGACGGCACGCCAGACUGCCCCUACGGAGCGGACGAGUGGCCGGGCUUCUGCGUUGACUUCCAAACCAACGUCACCUGCCCGGGUUCCCCGAACCAAGUGCUCUGCCCCGGCAGCCAGACCUGUGGGUCAGGCAUGCUGUGCGAUGGGGUGGCGGACUGUGGUUUGGAUUCAGGAGGAGUGGGGAGUGGAGGGGGGAGUGUGGGAGGGAGUGUGGGGUUGUUUCCCCCUGAUGAGGAUCAGGACUACUGUGCGGUGUACGAUUGUCCUGCAGGGUACUGGAAGUGUUCCAGUGAGGUGCAGUGCAUAGAUGAAACGCUCAAGUGUAACGGCGUUGCGGAUUGUGGCGACGGGAGCGAUGAAACCGAGUGCAGUGACUCGUCUGGGGCAGAUGGCAGUGGCAGUUCGGUUCCGUCAAAAGAUGACACGACCUCCCCUGCAGUUGACACGACCUCCCCUGCAGAUGACACAACCCCUGCUGGAGAUGACACCAGCGGAGGGGCUACAGGGAGCCCCCCAGACGGAUCAUCUGGAGAUGAAACGAGCAGGGGUGACACGACUGGAGGGGGGACUGGAGUUGCAACUGGUGGAGAUGAAACGGGACUUAAAACGGGACCUGAAACGGGGACUGAAACGGGAUCUGAAACGGGAUCUGAAACGGGAUCUGAAACGGGAGGAACAGGCACUACCCCCACAGACUCUCCCCCAGCCAAGCAGUUCCCCCCCAAGGCAACAGCAGGAGCGGAUCCAGUCAGCAAGGCCGUCGAAAGUGCACAGAGUGCAGUGAACAACGCUGCUAGCGGUGCAGUGCAGGCGAUUGGUGCUGCUGCAGGGAUAGCGAAGAAGGUUAUAAAGGGGGGAAAGGCGAGGAAGAAGCAGGCAAAGCCCCAGGGAGCUUCAGGGUCAGUAGGAGAGUCGGGGAGUGUGGCAGGUGGUGGUGGAGGGGAUUCCUCAGGUGUCUCCUCAGGUGAUGCUUCAGGUGUUUCCUCAGGUGGUGCUUCAGGUGAUGAAUCAGGUGAAAGCAACAGCGCCGAUUCUGGCUCUGGGGAUUCCCAAACUAGCGAUGGGAGUGGCAGCGGUGGCAACAGUGGCAGUGUCAGUAGUGGGGGUGGCAGUGCACCUAGUAACGGGGGUGGCAGUGCACCUAAGAAAGGGGGUGGCUUCACCACAAGCACUGUUGCAGAGCCCACCCCCAGUACCCCCACGAGCACCGGUACCAGUGGUAAGGGGGCAAAGAAAGGCCCCCGCCGUGCUGGCCUGUCGGGACUUGUGGGCGAUCUGUUGCGCGGAGCAGGCAGGAAGUUCGGAGGGGUGAGUGAUGCGGCGGGUGGAGCAGGGAAGAGGAGGAGGAGAAGGAAAGGGGAGGGUAUGUUUGCUUGGCUGAAACGGCUGGCGAAAGCUGCCAAGACGGAGGUGCAGCGAGCGGUGCAGAGCGUUAAGCAGCAAGGUGCUGCUCAGCUGCAGAAGCUGGGGCAGAAGGGAGGGAAGGGAAUGGUCGUGAGGUCUGGAGGGAGGAACAAGAGUAACACGAAGCAGGCUGGGGAGAAAAAGAAGGGGAAGGACAAGAAUCAGAAGAACAGAAAGGGCUAAAUUACAGUGUUUGAAUUUGACUAGGGAUUGUUUUUUUUUGCAAUCGACUCAAAAUGACGCUUCUUGUGUUACCCUUCUCCUCGGCAAUGUGUUGUAACUUGUAACAAUAUUUAUGUACGCUAUA